AGUCUCGCUGGGCAGGUCUCGUCGAUGUAGUCCACUUCCUGCUUCUCUGCCCUGGUUUCGCCUGAUCAGCUGCAUCAGCUCUUCUCUCUCUCCGACGAAGACACAAUGUCACAUCAAACGGGCAUUCAAGGUAUUUGUUUACGCCUGCUUUAGCUCUUUUUCUACUUUGCUGAUUUUCUGUGUGGGAGUGUUUCCCCCGGCUGAGCUUUAACAACCUGCAACAAUUCAUUCCAACGAGAAGCUAGCGACAAGUUAGCUAGCCACUCCUAGCUAGCUCUCAGCUACCGUGAUGUGUGUGACCGUCGGUGCCCUGUUUGGGCACUUUUAAGGACUGAAUCAUAAUCCCUGAGCUUUUAGGUAGCUUACGGGUUACCAAAAUCACGACUGGACUGUACUCUCUUUAUCGCAGUGUUACAGGGCGUUUUGUUGCAAUAGCCUCUGAGCUGAAACCCUGUAAUGUGAAGUUAAAGCUUUUGAAUGGAUGGGCGACGCCUUCAUUUAAACAAACUACUGACCAGGAGAGCAGCUGGUGUUCCUAUAAACAUGUGGAGAGCCCUGGUUUAACCUGCACUGUGUAAUUACAAGAAAUCACUUGAGUAAGGCGUAAUGUCCUCCUGUAUGUGGCAGCAGAAACUACACAAGUCCUCACAGUCUGUUUUAGUACAGAAGAAGAAGGUGCAAAUUAGGAGAGUUAAUAAAAGACAGAGUGUAAAUGUCACCACUGAGACUGAUCAGGGCUGGUUUAAUAAUUAUUAUCAGGUAUUUGAAUGCAAGAUCAAUACCAGGUGUUGUGUCCUUUAAAACUGUACAAAAUGUUGAUUUAAUCUCAGUAUAAUAAUUUCAUCUUGUUCUGAACAUGACUGGACUGUUUAACAAGAGAGUUAAAGUGGAGGAUUUAUCCAUAACAGCUAUCAUAUUGCAGUGAUACACGGAUCUGCUUCUAUAAGUGGAAAUUUUCCUCACUUUUGGCAUGGGCAUGAGGGAAACUGCAGAGUCACUGCAGCUUAAAUCUGUAAGACCUAUUGUGUGAAUGCCAGUAGAUCAGGUUUUAUUUGUCGCUGAGCUCCAGAUCAAAGGUGAAUAGCCCUCUAUGUGAUGUUGAUUGACACCCGAUAAUAUGGAAGUAAAUCUGUGCCAUUUGAUUUUGAAUUUUAAUUUCUAAACCUGAAUUUUUUUUGCAUCAAAAUCAGACUCAGAAUUUCAAAACUGUCGGAUUUCAAGUAUGCAUUUUAAAAAAGAAAAUUCAGUUGCUUUGGUGUUACUCUUGUCUCUUAACUGCCCCAGUAAGCACUAACAGUCGUAACCUUUGCUUUUAUGUGAAAAGGGAUCUUGCCUUUUCUUUACUUUGUUUCUUAAGUGAAUGUGAGUCAUCGAUAUGUGUGCCACCUUCAAGAGAAAAAAAGAAGCCAUUUAAUGAGUUUAACCCACAGCUUUGAGAAUUAACCUAUGUGUACAUAUCUGUUUCACUGGCAUAUAUGGUACGUUUAAAUAAAAGGGUAUAUUUGAAUUUAGUUUGGUCGUUUUCCUCAGACCAUAAAUGAUUUAAUGUAGUCAAUUAUAAUAUUCUGUUAUGUCAGAAAUAAUAGAUAUUACAUCGUUUAAGGACAGGCGUGCAAGAAAAAAAGAUCAGUAAAUGUAAUAGUAUUCACUGAAAAGAGGCAAUGUACAAUAUCUGGGUAACCUGGAAGAAGCAAUUGAUUCCUGGCUCAAUCAUCCAUCACCCAGCCAAUCAGAUAAUGCUAGAUUGGUCAUGUGGCACCGACUCCAGUGGAAGAUUGAAUCAAAUCGAUUGCUUCUCCCUGGUUACCCAGAUGUUGAGUUGGUCUCUUUUACACUGAAUUUUUUGACACUGAAAUAUUUAACACUGAUUUUUUUUUUUUACGUUGCUUUUUUUUUUUUUUUUUUUUUACAGUUUUUUUAAGUCAAAUUUUUACCAAACAAAUAUUUGAGAGACUUUUUUUUUUACACUGAAUUUAUUUCCUCAUUGAAUUUCAAGCACGCAUUUUUAUUUCUGACACAAAUUUUUUUCACAAAGUCUGGUUUCGAUGCUAAAAAAAAUCUGCUUUAGGAAUUCAAAUUCAAAAUCAGAUAGCACAGAUUUACUUCCAUACAAUAACCUCAAAGUCAGGAAGAGACAUGUAACAUUUUGCUUUAAAUGUUAAAUAAAACUGAGCUCUGUGCCAGCAAAGUUCCCUAAAAACAUAGUUCUGUGUUCAUAAUGCUAACAUCUGUUUGGUGGACAGGUUAUUAAGAUUCACCAAGCUUUGAGAUAUCUGAGUGUUUCUUUUGCAGCUGCCUGUCUACUUUGCAGAGCCUUUUGGAUUACCCUCAGAUAUAAAAUGUGCUUCAAAAAUACCUCCCCUUGACAUGGAAACUUGUAAUCCAGAGCCAAAAAAGGCCAUGUUAGCAGGUAUCGGCUCAAAACAGCCACAGACUGAUCCUGUCUCUGUCUCUCCUCAGCGGGCAAUGAUGUGAAGGAUGUCUUUGCUAAUGCCAGGUGUGGGGAACAAUUUCGAGCCCUGAAAAUCAUCAUCGAGGAGGGUAAGCAGUCCUGGAGUUUGUUUACAGAUUCUCUCAGAAAGAAAACUUAUUUUAUGUCCAACAGAACGUCUGCUAAAGACGACUGAGGAAUGUCAACACAACUCACAAAUCCAAACACUGCUGACAUUUUUCUUGCGCACAUCUGCUUUCCAGAGCAGCUGACUCUGGGUGCUACCAGGAAAGCAUCAAAGAAGUGGGAACAGGAGUACGAUGGUUUAGUGCUGCCCCUCCUCGAGGAUGAUGUGCCCUGCUAUGUUCUGUAUCGACUGGACUCCACCAACAACCAGGGCUAUGAGUGGAUCUUCCUGGCCUGGUCGCCGGACAACGCUUCUGUAAGGGAACCAACCCUUGACGGGAUUUAAUGACUAGCUUUCCAUGCUGCCUGGUAUUUGUACUGCUCUGGUCGGAGUAUCAGUUGGGUGGGGUUACCACAUCAAAACAGCAUGCUUGUUGAAUAUGUAGCUAAACGUGGACCAGACCUCUUGAAACCUAAAUAUGGGGGGUAGAUUAUGGUGCUCUGACACAACCUGGUGCUUAGUCUAAACAUUCCCCCCUGUGGUUUACAAUCCACCCUCUCACUGCUCUUUGUUGAUGCAAUCUUUCCUCCUGUGUCGUUUCCCUGUUAUGCAAAUGUUCUGAACUCAUUUGGUGUCACCAAAGUCAUUUAGUUCCACUCAAAACUUGAUGAACCACUUGUGUGAUAGAGUCACAGUGAUUUUAAAUAAACAUGACUAAUGUUGUUUCUGUCGCAGUAGGAAGAGGAAUGUUGCAGGGAGAGGCCAUUGCCAAUAUAAAGUCCCAUGCAGGGUAUUUGUAGAGCUCUAAAUGCACGGUGGAAAUGAAUCCAGACUCCCUUUCUGCAAGAUAUGAGCUUAACAUUCCUGCCCUGUAGCCUAAAGCUGUGAGCUGCAGGUCGAGGCUUGUCUGGAAGUUGCAGAAUAAUUUCAGAGCCAGUGCACGCUACUGAUGACUCAAGCUCUUAAGUGUGUUUUUAUUCCUCUGAUGAGUCUUUUUUAUUUUUUAAAUUGGUAUAGCCUGAAAAUUGCAAAUUGUCUCUGAAGAGGGAAGAUAGAUGUAGAGAUGAUUUUGACGCUGGUGUACCUAGAAGAAAAUAUUUUCAUGUCCGGUCCCCAUUCCCUUUAUUCGAAUGUUUUUUUUCUGAAAAUACAGAUGUUAAAAUGCUUUUUGAGCAAAAUAGUUUAAAAUGUAAAAUUUCCAAACAUGAAGUUCCAGAUUUUCUGAUUUUUAAAGGAGUCUGAGUUGUCCUCUCGUUGUCUACAGGUGCGAAACAAAAUGUUAUAUGCUGCUACAAGAGCCACACUGAAGAAAGAGUUUGGAGGGGGACACAUCAAAGAUGAGAUUUUCGCCACCGCAAAGGUAAGUUCAUUUACUCAACAAUCUACUGCUGUUUCCUUUAAACCCAUGAUUAUGACCUAAUAAAGGAGAAAAGCUGUUAUACAGAGAGGCUGCUCGAAUCUUCUUCCUCACUCUAUAUCUAAGCAGUUGCUCGCUUCAGCACUAUCCUCUGCAUUAUUUAUCGCAACACAAUAAAAUAACUCUCUACAUGAUGUAUUGGUUGCACUGGCGUAUGGGAUGCAGCUUACUUUUGAGAUGACAAACUAGGUAUUAAAUUGCCUUAUUUAUAUCUGUGAAAUCUACUCCAGAUUUGACAGAACAACAUAAAAGUUCUGGUUGCCAAGGUGAUCCUAACUCAGCUGUUUCAGGACUCAGUCGUUCUCUAGCUGAUGUAGUUUUCUGCAGCAUAAACAUUAUGAUUCCUGAUAGACUUGUGAUGAAGACGUGGAUCAAAUCUUAAAAUCGUGUGAAUGCAGAUAUUUAUACAGUAUUUCUCCUAUCUUAAAACUCUCCACCCUAGAGGCUACAAUGAAGAAUUGAACAUGUCUGAUUUGCUGCGAUUUUAUUUUAUUAUUUUAUUGUCUUUCUUUGCAUCCAGUUAUCUGUUAUCAAACCUUUAUUUGCAUUUAUGUUUAUUCUAUAAAGAGUGUGAUUUCAGCCCUUUAUCAGGGACUGGUUGCUCCUCUUGAGUAACUUAAUAUGAGCUGUUUUUUUUUUUUUUUUUGUCUGUUUGGCUUCACUUUUUUUUAAAUAAGAGUUUUUGUUAAUAGAGAUGCUUGUCAACCAAACAAGGAUAUGAUUACAGCGAUCCAUUGUCGUCUUUUUCCACCACAGCCUGAAGUCCUGUGAAGAUGCAAAUCAGGCAAAUGGCAUAGAAACCAAAUUCAGGCUGAACUUUUGUUAAAAAUAGUUACUCAUACCAACAACAAAUAAACGUAAAUAUCAGAAUUAAACAGCUGUUUUUAAUCUAAACAAGGACCACAAACAAGAGAUAUUCCAGCAUAACCUCUACUGUUUGCAGAGGUACUGGUAUUUCAUAUGUUAAUUAUAGACUUGCAUUUUUUAAUGUAAAUAAGACUCUCUGUAGACUUGACCCCCAAAGUUCCUGGACCUCUGGCAAGUCACACCUUUUUAGCAACAGCCUUUCAAGAGGUAGAUCAGUUAGCUUAGAACUAGGUUUAGACCCUAGUUCUUGAAUUGAAUGGCAUUAAGUUCCUCAAAAGGUAACUGUGGAAAGUUCCUGUUGUUGAAAAGCACCUUAGGACCCCCAUCAUUUCCCCUUUUUUGCUCUGUAUGCAAGGCCAAAACCUUUGGAAAUCAACAUAAACCAUGUCAAGCUUUGUUCCUCUCCUCUCAUGGCGGACUGAAAUGAGUAAUGAUGUCUGAGUGAGUCAGUCUCUUUGCUGUUUGAUGUGGCAUUGUUCUUCUUCUUUUUUUGGCCCCCAGGAAGAAUUGUCUCUCAGUGGAUACAAGAAACAUCUGACCUCGCAGGCUGCUCCCCUACCUCUUACUGCUGCAGAGGAGGAACUGAGGCAGAUUAAACUGAAUGAGGUACACACACACACACACACACCCACACACACAAAAAAACACACAAAUGCACAGGUCACUCAGAUUUCAUUUCUUGGUCAUGGUUUCAGUUUGAGGUCAUUUUAGAGGGAACAAUGCUCUCCAGUUUGAAGCGGGUGUGGAUUUGGCUUCAACUCUGAAAGGGUGAACAAUACGUCAUUGUUACAGUUAUGUCUGCAGCUGGGGGAGAAAAAAAAGCUUACAUCAGCUUAAAGCAGUAUCCCUCCUCAUCGCACCUCCUGUAUGAGAGAUUUAAAUCCCCGCUGAAGCAUGUGGAGUAUCAAUGAAGGCCAGCGAUGCAUCCUUCAAAACAGCACAAGGUCAGCAGCGGUGUGAGGGUGCAUAUGCUUGCCCGGCAGUAUCAACACACCGCAAAGAUGCUGAUGCGUUGGAACAGCAGGAUGUUGGCAGAGACGGAUCUAUUAGGCCUGCGCAGCUCACACCCGGAGCCCCAUAAAAAGUUGUGUUUACAGUCAUAAACCGAAAGCAGCUAGAGCAACAAAGUGUUUAAGGAGAGCUCUUUGCAGGUGUGCAGAUAUAAACGGAGCGGCAUGCAAACCUGAGUGCUCUGCAGAUUUGAGUCCUUGCAGUGAUUUUGCUCGGACACAGGUGAGCGGGGUUAUUGCGUUUUUGUUGUUUGCAAUGGUGAGAUGAUGAAAAACUGCAAUAUGAUAUCCUCUCCCUGCUGCUGUUGACGCCAGCAGUGUUUCUGCUGCUGUUAUGAGGAGCCUUCAGGAUGUGAUACAGUUAAAAAAAGCUGCAGUUGAGAUUAUUCCUACAGAUUAACCCCAGAAAGCUGCUCUUUCUAUUAAAUUUAAAAGAAAACAUCAACAAAAACUACUUGCUGCUUUCCCAGAACUGUCACACAAACAAAAGCUGUCUUUCUGGCCAUAUAUAGACAUGCUUUGAGUGCUGCAGUCACUCUUCAGAGUUUGGUCAAUUAGAAGCUGCAGAGCAAAUAGGAAAUGAGGUUUGUGCUCGUCCCACUAGUCCAGCUGUUGAAGGAAGAUAAUAUACCAUUAAUCUGUACCGGCUUGAUAGAAAAAAAAAGAGGCUUUGAAAUAUUUAUCAUUGCUGUGCCUUGGAGACUGCCCGCCUUUUUACCAAGCAGAUGGAUAAAAGAGCCGCAGUCCUUUUCUGUAAGUGAGGUUACUACAUUAAAGGCUCGAUCACGUUCGCACGGCGUUUCAUUUUGUGGGAACAGGAGCUCUAAAAAUAGAUGCAAUCCAUCAGUGUAAUCCCCUUUAGUGUUUCCAUUUUUACAUGUGAUUUAGUGGAGGAGCGUUGUCACUUCCGAUACAAGCACCUCAUUCAUCAUCACAGAGCUUCUUCUCUGCUUGUUGUUCCUGUUUGUACAUAUUUAAACUCUUUGGUUAAGAUAAUUCAGAAUGGUUGCACAGGUCUGUGAGGCCACCUGUGAGCAUGGCUGGUGGUUCAACCGUAUAUGAUUGAAUUUGAAGAAAAGAGUUAAAUUUAAAAGUACUUUCUGUAUAUUUUCAUGCAUUAUAAUAAACAACUGCAUGAAAAUAUAUGUUAUCAAGUGGUGUCAGUUUCACGUCAGAUCCACGUAUCACUUCUUCAUUUCACUUAAAGGGCUUUGGCUUCUUUUUGGUGAUUAAACUUGCUAAAUUUAGUGCCAGGUUUCGUAUGUGAGGUAUUUUUACACAGUGUGUCAUAAAAAAAAAAGGAUCUGAGUUCCUCUACUGCAACUUCAUCACAUGCUUCAUAUCUAACAAAUCAUCUGGCCUUCUCUUACUUUUGUAUAAUGUCCCCUAUAACAUCAGGAUUGGUCUUUUUUUUUAAAAUGUCUCUUACUUUUUAGUCUGCAAGUCAAUGGCUAAUUAAAGUGCUUACUGACACACUUGUGACAUGCUCUCCCUCAUCAUGCUUAUUCCAUCACACACGGAUGCCAUGGACGGCACAUUAAGACUGGGCGUUAAACCGAAAAUUUACCGAUACUAAAAUUUACAACAAUAACAGACGUCAUUUCGCCCAUGUCAAUACAUUCCGCGUCAAAAACAUAAAUAAAAGUGGUUUCAUGUCCCUUUAAGACACUGUCCUAUGUCAGAGACUUGACUCCACCACAUCCAGUCGGUAACAAAGAGGGAAAGACAGGCGAGGAGAUGGAGGACGGUUCAAAAGUUGUAGCAGCUGGAGCGGUGGCUAAAGUAGACAAAGUUAAUGUGGGAGGGGGUGAGCAGCUUGUGGAGUAGUUAUCGUCCAUUAAUCGUAAUUAAGGUAAAGUGCUCAGUAUAUCGAGAUAUAUCAUGAGAAUUCAGUGGUUAACCUUAGUGGGAGACACCACUUCCUUGUGCUCUUGAAGUUCGUUUCACAUCGACCCGAGCUGCUUUCAGUGAAGUGAAAGUAAGAGCUAUGUUAGGAUGAUUUUCUUCAGCCAGUCAGGUCAGCAUUUAGGUUGGUUGAGCUUUGUAACUUCAAAUAUCACAGAUAUUUUGGAACUAGACUCUUGGUGCCACAAACCUCCAGUUUAACAUCACUCAAGCUGAAGCUGUAACCCAGAUCUGCAACCAGUAAAGCUUGUCGAACUGAUCAUUCGUGUGGAUCUUUCAUUCUUUCAAGUGUGGACACGACCUAGAGAUCCUUACAAGCUGUUUGAGGGGAGGGGCCACAUUCACGCUCUGCUGUUAAAGGAAAAAAAGGAAGAAUCCGCUUUAUUCAAGGCAUAAGACAACACAGCAGGCGGCUUAAUAUUGUUCAAUCUUGAUCCAAAUAUUUUUAUAACCCUGGGGGGGGGCAAAACUGUAAUUACAAUUAAUUACAUAAUUAAUAAUUAAUUACAAUUGAAAUCUGAUUAAUUGCUCAGCUCUACAUAUGGUCCAUGGUAUUGAGACAACUGCUGCAAAGUGUGAAAACAGCAACAACACAAACGCAAAUAAUCAAUCUGUCCGUCAUGAGUAAUAGUCUGUCAGAAACGCUGGCGGUAGUUUGCCCAUUUCUGAUUCUGCUGCGAGAUUACUUCUGGUGUUGUUAUUUGCGUUCGUGUCAUGGCUGUUUGCAAUUGUGCUUUUUCCUUUCGCAAAGCGUUUUGAAUAUGCAAACCUCCUGACACUUCCCGGCCAUUGUAUAAGACACAUUCAAAAUAAAAAAAACAUGAUGGAAACUACAAACUCACAGGAUGUCUCAUUCAAUUCACAAGCAUGUUGUUGUAUGGAUGUAAACAACAACGAAGAGUCAUUUUAUUUUGGACUCAGAUACAAUUAAAGUUGCUGUAAUGUCAUGCUUUGUUGUUACCAUGGCGGUACAGCAAAUAAGUAAAGUGUGUUGUUGUUUUUCUUGUGUUUGUGUGUGUUCAGGUACAGACAGACAUCAGUGUGGACACCAAACAUGCGACCCUGCAGGGAGUGGCCUUCCCAUUGCACCAAGACGCUGUUGCAGCACUCCAACGUUAUAGGGACAAAAAACUCAACUAUGUACGCCUGGUGAGUAAAUGAGAGGAAAUCAUUAGAAAGCAGGGACCUUUGUCAGUUUAGAGGUUUGAAUAAGCAAAUCAAUUCUCUGUUUGUUUUCACACUUUGUUCUAAGAGAGAGGGAUGUUUUCAGCCGGGAUUCGCUGGCACACAGACACAAUGACUCACCCGUUUUUGCCCAAAAAGCCUUUGUUCCUCUCAUUGUAAUUCAAAGAGUCCGUGUCACAAGAUCAGAUCAGCGCAUAGUACAAAGAGAUAACUGUGGCACGGUUGCAGCUUUGUAUUUGUUCCCUUUUUGUUUGUUAUCCUGAAAGCUUUUCAAGGAAGCCGCGUGUUUAGCUCCAUUAAACUGCUGAGCAGCACAAAUGUUUAGUGAAUGUUUGACUUGGACAUACCUGAGAGGGAGGGGAAAUGGUUUGUGAUUCACUACCCCCACAGACAGUCAUUAAAUCUACAUUCACAGCCAUAAAUAUAUGCUUUCAUAAGCUCACUGUGAUGCAGAAUAAGGUAAAAUGAGAUAACUCUUUAAUACUAUCAGUUACACGAUAAUUCUAAAAUGUGACAUUAAGAAGGCUAAACGAAAGGUAAGAUGAACGCCAAAUACUAAGAUAAAAAAUAUCAAAAUAAGAAGGCUGUUCAGAAGUAGCAUCCUCAGAAAACCACAGAAAGUCUAUUUUUAAAAAAAGACCGUCUAACUUGAGAGUUCCUUUAUUUCCUCUGUCAACAGGAAGUCGACGCUGAGCAGGAGCUGAUUCGCCUGUCUAGCACUGAGCCAACAGAGGUGAAAGACCUGCCAAGUCGAAUCUGUAAAGAUGCCCCUCGUUACCACUUCUUCCUCUACAAACAUUCCCACGAAGGCGACUAUCUGGAGUCCACAGGUGACCAUUUUCUCACAAGUUACUCCAAGCAGCUGUCACACCCACCAUUAUUCUGCACGCCCGUGUCUUUAUCAAACUGUUCUUUUUUUUCUCUCUCUUUUGCAGUCUUCAUUUAUUCCAUGCCUGGGUACAAUUGUAGCAUCCGAGACAGGAUGCUGUACUCGAGCUGCAAAAAUCCUUUGAUUGACAUGGUGGAGAGAACUCUCCAGAUUGAGAUAGAAAAGAAGGUAAGAGCCAGGGUCAGCAGUAUGACACGAUUUCCAAAGUUUAUAUAUUUUUAUGAAGUUUUUCAUGAUUGGGUGAUUUCUUCAAAUACUGAAAAUCUGGUAACAUUUUAUACAAACCCACCACUUAAAAUGCAUUAUUAGCAUUUUGAUUAACUCUUAUCAAUGAAUUUAAGUGCUCAUAAAACAAGGAUCCACCAAUAUGUUUUAGGCCCGACACAAUGGCGAUUAUUAGUAAUCAAGGAAAGCAAUAUUUAGAACUGAUAUUCGUUUGCAGUAAAAUGUUUAUUUUGGUAUCAAAAUUUUGGAUAACACACCAGGGAUUAAACUGAACACAGUACACUGUUUGUUUUGUACACUUGGUAAAUCUGUGAUAAAAAAAGACCUUAAACUGUUGUAUAAUAAGCUGAAAAUCUUUGUUGGAAAGGUUCAAACAAUUGUUUUAUUGUCUUAACAACAAAAACAACAAAAAGUGCCGGGAUCUUAUAUGAUGAACUCUGUUACUCACUAGAAGCUUGAGUGUUGAUUGGCUGUCUGUGUGGCCAAUCAGUUAGGACAGUCAAGAAUCGUGACUUCAGGCUGCAUUUUGAAAUGAACUUAUUGGCUGAUGGUGGGAAAAACGGCUGAUGCAGAUCAUUGUAGAAAUGAUGAUUAUUGGCCGAUAUUAUCAGCCGAGCUGAUUAUUGGUCGAUCCUCAUCAUAAAAUUUGCCAUAAGUUGUUAUGAAUGCUUUAAUUAUUUCUAGUGAUGCACGAUAUGAAAAAUUUCAACCGAUACGAUAACCGAUAAUUUUCUUCUUCUCAUGGCCGAUACCGAUACCGAUAACCGAUAAAUUCAUAUUUUUACAUUUAUUAUAAUCUUCAUAUAAUCCGCAGUUUGUGCAGGAUGCAGCGAUUGAAAACUGAUGUUUUUGUUGCUCUGGCCUAUCUAGAACAACAAACAAAAGUUUUUGGCUCUUCAAAUGUGGUCAUUUGCUAUAAAUAACAAUAACAGAGCAAAAAGCAGAACUUCAUUUGAUCCCCUGAACUGUUCAACAGAACUGUAAACUGUAAAGGAGCUAUUAUGAGCCGUUAGGCUUAGCAUGCUGACCGGACUAACAUCUGACGUCCAUAUGUCUGUGGUAAAACUCACGUGUAGUCCGUUCUUGUCGAUCAGGUUGUGGAUGUAUGUGGCGACAAUAUCAUAGAGUGCAGGAAGAGACACAUCCGAGAAGAAGCGGCGGCUUGGGAGAGUGUAAUGUGGCUCCAAGUGUGCUAUUAACUUACGAAAACCCGGGUUCUCAACGACGGAAAAAGGCUGGUCGUCGACCGCUAUGAACUCCAUCACUUUGUCGUUAAUGCCUUUAGCCUUUUCGCUGUCUCUUGAGAAGCUUUUGCAGUUUUUAAACGCCUGCUGAAUGGGGACAUCGAUCCUCCGUAGUGUUGUUGUCUUAGCUUUAGUACUGCUAGCAGCUUCGGCGGCUGUCUCAUAUUCUUUUAAUACCGCUUCGCCGCGAUGGCGACUUUUCAGAUGAGCUAUCAGAUUCAUUGUGUUAAAACUUGACGUCUUCUUUCCUCCUCUCGGAAUCCUCGCUGAACAGGUUUUGCAUAUAGCAAUGCUGUUGUCAUCUUCUGCCACUGAGAGAAAAGACCACGCUGGUGAAGACAUUUUAUUAUCUGUCAGGUAUUGACGGGGUCAGGCUUGGGACCUGCGAGUAAGGCGCGAUAGAUGACUUAACCAGCGCGUCUCGGACGGGCGGCUACUCCGCCUGCAAACGUUACUCGUAAUUUCAUUAAUAUAUCGGAUCUUUCUAUCGGAAAAAUGCACCUAUCGGACCGAUAAAAAAUGACGUAAUUUCCCCCCAAAUCGGCCGAUAUUUUAUCGGUCCGAUAAAUAUCGUGCAUCCCUAAUUAUUUCUAAAGGUUGUGUUCAAGCCUUAUUAAUGCAUUGAUAAAGCUUCAUAGAUGUGCUUAUAAUGCAUAAUAAGUGGUGGGUUUAUAUAAAGUGUUACUGAAUUCAAGGUAAUACACAACCCUUUUCAAGUAGACUGUGUACUAUUUUACCAUAUAUGUACAUCUUUUUUCAAGCUUUUUUCUUAUACAGUACUUAAAUAUGCUCACCUUACUUCAGCCUAGUUCCUUUUUCUACACACACACCUGCACCCACACCUUCUCAUCUUACCCCACCCCUUUUUGUUCCUCUUUGACUGUCUGUGUUUAGUGAAAAUUCAGAACCAAAGGGUGACACCACCGAGACUAUGUUCUUACUUUCAAACAGUAAAAAUACACUUGUAACAAAUGGACAUUAUUUUGCCUCUUUCCUAGUUGGAGAUUGACAACGGGGAUGACCUGACCAGUGAUUUCCUAUACGAGGAGGUGCAUCCAAAGCAGCAUGCACACAAACAGGCCUUCGCCAAGCCGAAAGGCCCCGCGGGAAAGAGGGGAAACCGCCGCAUCACCCGACCACCUGCAGAGGGAGAGGAGGAAGAUUAAACAGACCUCAACACCUGACCACCGCCUCCACUCCGAGCACGUUCCACAGUGGAACAUUCCUGUGAUGGGGGAGAUCAUAAUUGUCACGCUUUUGUUUUUUAAAAGAAUAAGACAACAUUCAAAUUCCCACAAAGUUCACCAGAGAUCCAACUAUGCACGCCAAGGACAACUGAGCAAUGACACUGCAGAAUCUCCAUUUGUAGCUUGCCAAAUGGAAUCAUACUUGUAUACGUGAACAGUCACCCAAAUGAAUUAACAGUGAUUGAUAGAGGCUCAUACUAAGUCACUCUUGAGUUUCUGUUAUUGCCAGCUCUGAAACUUAACAAACGUCAGUGCUAAUGUGAACACGCGCCAAUAGAAAAUGAACCCCCCCUUUUUAAGUUCACAUCCUCAAGUUCUUAAAUUGCAUUCCUUAAGUCUGUGUCAAUUAAUGUUUUGUGUCUAAUGUGUCCAAAACUUGUGUCCUGUUUGCACAAUGAGGUGCUCCAAAGCAGAAAAGAAUAACCAUCCCUCAUGUGUCUAUUGAUUCAUUUUAACAGUGCAUUUUAUAUUGGAAAAAUUGACUUCUUUUUUGAUAUAACUGUGGUUUACAUGAAAGAAAAAAAAUCAUCUGCUGAGAAACUUAUUUUUCUAUGCAAGUGCUGUAAAUGUACAUAUUGUAGCUGUGUGAUGCUCUAUGAUUAAGAAACAGUCUGCUCUGUUCUGGUGAUUGUUUAGUGUCAGUGAGGAUCACAGUGGGAAGAACCGGGGCUUCCAGAAAUAUUAUGUCAAUACAUCUCAUAUUUCACUGAGGGGAAGCUACUCACACUUUGCUGCUUCUCAUACUACAGGGAAGCCAAGCAACCUGAGAGGAAAGGGAAUACUACAAGUACCUUUGACGAAAUGUUGCCACAUCCACUGUUCUACUGAUUAAUAUUAGGCAAACUACUUCGCUCACCUCAUGAUUAAAGGGAAAACCCCUUUAUAUCCAUAGUGUCAGUAUAAUAGAAAAAAUCAUGUUUGGUCUUAUUUGUUUUCUUACAAAUCUUUCUUUUAAAGAAAUAAAAUAUUUAAAUCAGACAUUUUUGGUUUCAAACAUUUAUUUUUUAAACAGUCAUCGUUAUAAAUACAUAGGGGUACCAGUGCAGGUGAUUGUUUUGACCUUUUAAAAGCUGUUUUGUCAUCAAACCCUCUGACAAACAGCCUCAACAUGAUGCAGGAUAGAUACAGCUGUCAACCAAGCUAGGCACUUCUUUUCUAAAAUACAUUAAAAAACACAAAAAAUUGUCUCAUUUAUAAAAAAAAUAUAGUUAUGAAACAAUCAUUCCUUCAAACCUGUUCAGUCAGUUCAAACAUUACAAAAACGGCUCAGAAAUCUCGUCUCUUCUCUGGGAUGUUUCACUGCUAAGCCUUGAAGUCCAAAGACAAGUUUUUGACCACUCCUUUGAUCUCCAACAGGACCUGUUAACAUAGAUAUUGUUAUUGAGUUACAAGUUAUCAUACAUGCUUCAGAGUAUCUUGUUCAUACAGAGUGAAACCUCAAAUUUGAUCCAAACUCUAUACGAGGCUUAGGCCUGUUCUCGUUCACAGUCAGCAGUUUGGCCAAUAACCUGCCAAAACUUUACAGAGAAUUUUCAAACGCUGAACGUGAAUUUUUUGUGUUUUUUACUUGAUUGAUUAAGGAACCAGAAUACAGCAUUGGUUUUGCAUUUCUAAUUUAUUAAAUAAGGGAAAAAGCAAGUUUUUGCAAAGAAGAGAAAAACCAGAUGAAUUGCUCCCACUCACAGAUAUUGUCUGUGUAGCCAAAGCUGUGCAUCAUAGAUUUCCUCUGUUGUUAAACUUUCAUUGUCCCACCCAAACAUACAAUUUAAGCCAAACUGGAGCUUGAGUUUAUUUUGAACUUAACUAAACUCGUCCUGCAUUUUUCUCACAGCUGUAAACUCUUAACUAUGCACCAAAUGUGCGCUGCUGUGUUCACUGAGGUUGAACAUUAUAAUUUUGUUUUUUUUAAAUACCCAAGACUCCAGUCAAAUCAAUGAGACUGAGACAUGGCUGCAGACUGGCAGACGGGCAGCUGGAUCAUAUAAACAAAACGAUCCAGACAUUGUUAGUUUGGGUUAGUGAGGGGCAUGGCAGUUGUUUUAGAUGUACUGAAUCACUAGAAUCCGUUCCCUCGCAAACCGUUGCAAUGAUAGGAUGCUGCAGGUUUAAUGCACUAUUUGUUACAUGCUGUGUCCUAUUGUAGGCAAGUUGUUGUUAUGGCAAUUUAGCAGUGAAAAUUAAAGAAAAGGUACUUUUGUACAACAAAAAUGA